AGCAAUUUUAAAGAAACUUAUUCAGUCCGUCGGCUUAUCACUCGCACCGCGGUCAUGGAUAGAAUCAAGUUUCAAGUAAACGGGAUCCAGUGUUCGGUGGGGUCUGAGGUUAGCUCCACCACAAGUCUCCUGGACUACCUUCGUAAUACGUUAGAACUGCGGGGCACGAAGUACUUGUGCUUGGAAGCUGGCUGCGGAGCUUGCAUUGUUACUGCAAAGAAGGGCCUUGGGGAAGCUCCACAGGGUGUUAAUUCGUGCAUGGUGUCAGUGACGUCAUGUCAAGAUUGGGAUAUUACGACUAUCGAGAAAAUUGGUAAUCGUCUGGAAGGUUAUCACCCGGUGCAGAAAACCCUUGCCGAACAUAAUGGAACACAAUGUGGAUACUGUUCUCCGGGAUGGGUCAUGGCGAUGUAUAGCCUUUUGAAAACUAAAAGAAUGACAAUGCUUGAAAUUGAACAAUCUUUGGGUAGCAAUAUCUGCAGAUGUACAGGAUAUAGGCCAAUCCUAGAAGCCUUCAAGAAAUUCGCCUCAGAUGCUCCCAAUCCACAAAUACUCCCAGAUAUUGAAGAUUUAAAAAUAUGCGAUAAAACUGGUGAAGUUUGCAUAACAAGAAAUUGUGAAGACAGCGAUUGGUGUUUUGUUUCUGGAAAUGUUACGCAGAGCGGAGUGAAAUGUAUUAAAUUAUGUGAUGACAGAUACUGGUUCAGGGUUGAGACAUUAUCAGAUAUAUUUGUUAUAUGGCAUGCAAAUGGCGUCCAUUCAUAUAUGUUGGUUGCCGGUAACACAGGGAAAGGUGCCUUCCCAAUAUUAGAAUAUCCUAAAAUACUUAUAGAUAUAUCAGGAGUAUCAGAACUAAAGGGAUUUAACAUUGAUCAGAAUCUGAUUAUUGGAGCUGGAAAUACGCUCACCGAUGUUAUGAGUAUUUUUACGGCCAUGUGUACACAUGAGUAUUUUGAUUAUCUAAAAAUUCUCAACGAUCACAUAAAGCUGGUUGCUCACAUACCAGUUAGAAAUUUGGGAACUGUAGCUGGGAAUUUAAUCUUGAAGAAUCAACAUCAUGAAUUUCAGUCAGAUAUUUAUCUUCUCCUUGAAACAGUUGGUGCACAAGUAACUAUUCUAUCAGCUCCAGGGUUCAGUAAGAUAUUAACGAUGCAGGAUUUCCUGAAUGAAGAUAUGACUGGGAAGAUAAUAUUAAACAUUCUCUUGCCCCCUUUAAAUGCUGCUCACAAAAUCACCACGUUUAAGAUAAUGCCGAGAUCUCAGAAUGCGCACGCCAUCGUCAAUGCCGGUUUUAAUUACAAAUUGAAUGAAGCUGGUGUUGUGGUGGAUAGUAGGAUAGUCUAUGGAGGUCUUUCCCCCGUGUUCACGAGAGCUUGGAAAACUGAAGCGUAUCUUCGUGGUAAGGCGUUGUUCAAAAACGAAACAUUGCAAGCCGCUUUGAAGGUGUUGAAUGGAGAGCUCGUUGUCACUGAAGAACUACCAGAGCCUCCAGUCGAGUACAGAAGGCAAAUAGCUUUGUCUUUGUUUUAUAAGGGUCUUCUUUCAUUAUGUCCGCUAAAGACACUACAUCCUCGGUACUAUUCUGGAGCCGUCAAGAUACACGAAACGAGGCCGGUGUCGGACGGCAAACAAAUAUUUACAACUAAUCCUACAAUUUGGCCUUUGAAUAAACCAUUCCCGAAACUUGACGCUUUAAUUCAAUGCGCAGGUGAGUCUAAAUAUACGGAAGACUUGCCAUCUCUUCCUGGAGAAGUUUAUGCUGUAUUCGUUCUAUCCACAGUAGCUCGUGGUAAAAUUGACAGUAUCGACGCAAGUAAAGCUUUGAGAGAAAAUGGAGUUAUUGCCUUCUAUUCUGUUGCUGAUAUACCCGGUCAAAAUACUUUUACUCCUCCCUACAGCAUAUUUUUUCCACUAAACGAAGAAUUGCUUUGUGAUGGAGAGGUUAAGUUCUUCAAUCAACCGAUUGGUAUUAUUGUUGCUGAAUCGCAAAAGAUAGCUGAAAAGGCAGCUACACUUGUUGAAGUUAAAUACAGUAAUGUGAAAUCACCACAGAUUGACAUACGUGAAUCUAUAACUAACCCAGCAAAAGUCAGCUUAGCAGGAUCUUUCGAAGCUACGAAAGUGGGUACUGACGUUUUUAAAAUAAUAAAAGGUGAAAAUACCAUUUAUGGCCAAUACAAUUUUACUAUGGAAACUCUGGUGUGUGUUACACAUCCCACUGAAGAAGGAUUACUAGUAUAUGCUGCAAGUCAGUACAUAGAUCAGGUACAUCGCACUGUUUCCAGACUAUUAAAUUUGGAGCAGAACAGGGUUGAUGUGUUCGUGCGACGUAUCGGCGGUGGCUUUGGCUACAAAAUAUCUCGAUCCUCACAAAUAUGUGGAGCGUGCAGUCUUGUGGCGUUCAAACUCAAUAGACCUUGUCGAUUUAUUCAGCCUCUUACACAUAACAUGAGGGCUAUAGGUAAAAGAUCACCAUGUACUUCUAACUUUGAGAUGGGCGUCAACAUGAAAGGAGAAAUUCAAUAUAUAAAUCAUGAGUUGUACGAUGAUAAUGGUUACAUUACUAAUGAGCCUCUAGUGACUCUCGGCAUCGAAUUAUAUUCAAAUGUAUAUAAAAGUGAGGCGUGGAAUCAUAAAUCAUAUAACACUGUGACUGAUACACCUUCAAACAGUUGGGUUCGUUCUCCCGGGUCUUUAGAACAUGUAGCGAUGGCCGAAAACAUAAUGGAACGGAUAGCUUAUGAAUUAAAUUUAGACCCGUUAGAGGUUCGUCUAUCAAAUUUAGAUCUCGUAAAACAUAGUUCUAUUCAAGAAAUGUUAGAAACAUUAAAAAGUGAGUCACAGUAUGACGAGAGAAAAGUUGCAGUAAAGAAAUUUAAUUCAGAGAAUAGAUGGAAAAAACGUGGCUUAAACUAUUCUUUUCUACGAUGGUCUCCAGUGGGUCCCAUGUACUUUGAUGUGACAUUGACAGUAUUUAGAGACGAUGCCACCGUUGCUAUCACUCAUGGAGGAGUUGAAAUGGGUCAAGGUAUUAACACAAAGGCUAUUCAGAUAUGCGCAUAUUUUCUAAAAAUACCCGUGGAAAAAGUUGUAAUCAAGCCAAAUGAGACCAUGACAACUCCCAAUAGUUUCCCUUCAGCGGGCAGUAUAACUUCUCAUAAUGUUGGUAUUGGAGUACAAAGGUGCUGCGAACAACUACUAGCAAGACUUGAACCAGUUCGAACUCAAUUAGACAAUCCAACCUGGGAGGUGUUGAUACAGAAGGCAUUUGAAAUGGAUAUAGAUUUACAAGUGCAUGGCUUUGUUAAUUCAAAGGAUGUACAAACGUAUGAGAUAUACGGAAUAACUUUGGCUGAAGUUGAAAUAGAUGUUCUAACUGGAGAAUGGGAAAUAAUAAGAGUCGAUUUAAUAGAAGAUGUCGGACGAAGUGUAAACCCUGAACUAGAUGUUGGUCAAGUUGAGGGUGCUUUUAUUUAUGGGGUUGGUUAUUGGACAUCGGAACGAUUGGUGUACGAUCGAAGCAACGGGGAACUACUUACGAAUCGUACUUGGGAUUACUGGGUACCCCAAGCUAGGGACAUACCACAAGACUUCAGGAUAUACUUCAGGAAAGGUUCAUUCAGCACUGAAGUCAUUCUUGGUGCCAAAGCGACCGGUGAGCCUGCAACCUGUAUGGGAAUAGUCAUUGCUUUCGCAAUGCGAUCGGCUAUGGCAGCUGCUCGAGAAGAAUCUGGAAUACCUAAAACACAAUGGUUCCAAAUAGAUGGCCCCUACACCGUCGACAAGAUCGCCUACUUCUGUAAGAAUAAGCUAGAAGAUUUUAAAUUUAAUUAAUAUAUAAUGAUACACGAGCGAGUGCUUGAAGGAGAAAAAAAAAUAGAGAUUAGUAUCGUUGUUGAUUAUUCAUAUGUUAAGUUAUUUCAGUUCAAAACUAUUAAUAAUAAACUGCACAGUUAUUUUUAAUAAAAAAAUUGUUCUCGA